UUUCAGAAUCUGCUCUGAACAGGGUAGAUAUAAAUCGUCUUAUGCAUAGGACAACUUUUGGAACUCUCACCACCAUGGGGCUGUUUGAAGCAUCAGUGUCAUUAUUCCUUCUGACAACAACAUGUAUUACCACCUCUCAGGAACAAGUUCUUCAUGAACCUGCUGCUGAUAUUGUUUUUCUGAUUGAUGGAUCUCAAAAUAUGGGAAUCCAAGGAUUUAAACAUGUACGUACUUUUCUUUUAAAAACUAUCAACAAGCUGAAUAUACAAAUGGAUGUGUACAGAAUUGGCCUUGCUCAGUACAGUGAUGUUCAACGCAUAGAGUUUGUGUUUAAUAAGUUUCGAACCAAAAGAGAUGUGCUGAACUACAUAAAGAAAAGGUUUCAGUACAAGGGCGGAGCUUCUCUAUAUACAGGCAUUGCUUUGGAAUUUCUGCUUAAAAGCUUCUUCACACGAUCUGCUGGAAGUCGAAAGGAUGAAAAGAUUCCUCAGAUUGCAAUAAUAGUUACAUCUGCACCAUCAGAAGAUAAUGUUGAAAGCUAUUCCACAUCUUUGAAAAAAAACGACGUGACAGCUAUUGCUAUUGGAGUAAAGAAGUCAGACUUAAGAGAACUACAAAAUAUUGCCUAUCGUGGAAGUCAUCCAUUUGUUUACAGAAUCAAUGACGUUACUCGUAUUACAAAUUUAACUUCAGAUGUAAUUGAAACAAUAAAAAACAUGCACAAUAUCAUUAAACGCCAAGAAGUAAAACCAGCAUCAGGUUGCUUCAUAGACAUUGUUGUGGGAUUUGAUCUCCCUGGAUGGUCCGGAUCACAAAGCAUAUUUACUGGUCAACAGAAAUUAAAACUAAAGCUACAGGAAAUUCUGCAGGGAAUUACAUCCAUGAAUGAUAUCAGUUGUAUUUCUAACUCCCAGCCCACAAUAAAUGUGGCAUUUUACAUGCAAAGUAAAACUGGCCAGGUUAUCUUUGAAACAAAAUUUGAAAAUUAUAGUGUUGAAAUAAUUAAUAACCUCAAAGCAAUCCAAACUACAGGAAAAAUUGAUUUAACAGUUACAUAUUUGGAGUCACUCGGAAAGAAACUCAGUGAAACAACUUCAAAAGCAAAGGUGAUACUCAUAUUUACAGAUGGCUUGGAUGACACCAGAGAUGUGUUUCAAAAAGCAACCAGAAGUCUCAGAGAAAAGGGAGUCCAUGCACUCAUCUCUGUGGCUCUAGAGGGUGCCCAGAAUCUUGGUGACUUAUCUUCUAUUGAAUUUGGAAAAGGAUUUGGAUACAAGGAAACACUAUCAGUUGAAAUGAAGGAUAUUGCAAAUGCUUUGCAUAGACAAAUAAAUGCAAUUGUGGAAAAAGAAUGCUGUUGUGUCGUCUGUAAAUGCUUGGGAGAACCAGGUGCCCAAGGGCCACGGGGAAAAAAAGGGAUUCAGGGAAUUCAAGGUGCAAAGGGAUUUCCAGGUUAUCUUGGAGGAGAAGGAGAACCGGGUGAAAGAGGCCCAACAGGUUCAAAUGGAACUCGUGGGAUUGAAGGAUGUCCUGGUUCCAAAGGCCCAAAGGGAAGCCCAGGGCAUCCCGGAGAGCAGGGUAUUGAUGGAAUCGAUGGCAUUGAUGGAAUAAUGGGAGAGCAGGGAGACCAUGGAGUUGCUGGAUCUCCUGGUGAGAAAGGAAUCACUGGAAAUCCGGGCAGGAAAGGCCAAAAAGGAGACCCUGGUGAAAUUGGUAAAGCAGGUUUACGUGGAGACCACGGUGAAUUUGGCAAGGACAAUAAAAUUCCAGGUCCAAAGGGUGAAAAAGGUGACAUUGGAUUGGCGGGUGAUCCAGGAGGGGAUGGUGCUCCAGGAAAACGUGGUAGGGCAGGAAAUCCUGGUCUCCCUGGUCACAGAGGCCCAUCUGGGAAAGAUGGUCAAAAUGGAAAGCCUGGUAAGAGAGGUCGCAAUGGAAAUCGAGGAUUCCAAGGCCCACAGGGAAAACCAGGUCCCCCUGGGCCACAGGGGCAAAAACGAGAACAAGGAGCCCGAGGUCAGCAGGGUCUACCUGGAAGCGAAGGUGAGCAGGGAAUUGAGGGGAUCCUGGGACUUACAGGACGAAACGGUGAACCUGGAAACCCUGGGGAGAAAGGUGUAAGUGGACCACCCGGACAUCGUGGCUCAAUGGGUCAAGAUGGCAGUGAUGGAUUUGGUCCUCAAGGCUCAAAAGGAAGAAAGGGAGAAAGAGGGCCCCAGGGAAUCAUUGGCAGUAAGGGAGAAAGUGGAAAAACAGGUGAAAAUGGAGAACAAGGACCUAAAGGAAUGAAAGGGAACAGGGGUCAUGCUGGUGAUCCUGGUGAUCUUGGUGAGCCAGGAGGGAUGGGAAUUCCUGGACAAAAGGGCCCCAAAGGACCACCAGGUGGAACAAUCACGCCAUGUGAUCUCAUAAAGACCGUGCGAGCAAGCUGCCCUUGUUGUUCAGCAAGUAAGUAA